AUGAGUUCAGAUAAUUCAUUAAUGGAAUCAGAAUCCCUGUUUAUAUCAACACCACAGAAACUGCAGAAACGUCAAAGUUUUGGAUCAUCAGGAUGUGAUUUACGACCACUUCGAUUAACUAAACAACGUAACAGAAAUUCCAUCAUAUCAAAUUCGUCAAAUAGUCCUAGUGGUACUCCUACCACUCCUUCAUUUGAUUCACCAAGCAGAAAGGGAAGUUUGCCCACUAAUGAAGAGUUUCAUUGUCGACCAAUUAGAUUAGGGAGAAAUGCCAGCACACACUCUGAAGAUAGACACAACUCGAUAUCUUCAAUUAAAAAAUUGACGCUGGAUAAUAAUAUCAACAGUAAGCUGUCUGAAAUCAAGAAAUCAAUUGACGAAGAACUACUGACAACAGAUUCCCACUCUUCACAUCUGUCGAAACGACAACUGUUUGAUUCACAACGAAGGAAAUCGGAUUCUUCAAAUUCUUCAAAACGUAAAUCUAUUCAAAUUAAGAACCUCCCCAUCACCUCCACUACAACAAGGAAUUCUUCCAAACGUGCUAGUCAAUCUCAAUAUGAUGAUAUGAUAUUUGCCAUUUGUUUAGUAGAUUUCCAUCAUCAAAGAGGUCCAGAAAUUCAAUGGUGGAAAUCGAAUUAUCAUCCUGAUUAUAAACAAGGUUUAUUUAAAAAUAUUCCAUUUCAAGCCCUUCCUGAUGGAUCACAUUUAUUUGAAGAAACAUUUUCAAAUUUCAAUUUAGUUUAUGAUUUUGAUCAAAAACAAUCAAUUGAUGAUUUCAAUGAUGUCAACAACUUUAAAGGAGAUCCUCGACAUUUGAAAACAUUAUUUGGAUGUUCAUGUGUAAGACAAGUUAAAACUAGUGAUUUGACAGAAGAAGAAAGAGAACGGAAUAAAGAUAUCACUCGAUCUAUUGUUCAAAAAGCUAUUGUUGUUAUUACACGAAAGCAACCUAUUUUCACCAAAAUCAAAGAUAAAUUAUCGAUAAUAGCUAAAAGUUAUUUUCAACAAGAAACUUUUGAUAAUUUUGAAAUUUUGGAUAAUUUAUUUGAAAAUUUAAAUGGUCAAUUUAAACUUGUUGAUAAUGAAAUGCAUACUGAAUUGGAGCAAGAAGAAGAAAAUUAUGUCAAUUUAAAUUUGAAAUCGACAGUAGGGAAAUUUAGAUCGAGAUUUUUAAUUAUUUUCAAAAGUUUAUUAUUAGAAAAGAAGGUACUUAUAUAUUCAAAUAACAAUCUUGAAGCACUCACACAAUUUCAAAACAAUAUGUUAUCAUUAAUGCCAAAUUUGAUUAAUAAUCUUGAUGAUUCUGGAUGUCCUCUUAUAGAUUAUGCUGAGACUAAUGGACCUUUAUCAAAACCACAAUCACUAAAUACAACUAAUAGAGUAUCAAUGUUGCGAUUUUUUGGAUUGCCAUUACAAAUAUUCAACACUAAGAAUUCAUUUUGGAAUCCGUAUUUACCGUUACAACAAUUGGAUGAAUUGGCAGUGAACAGCUUUAUGAUUGGAUGUUCUAAUCUUUUAUUUGUCAAUCAAGCUACUUCAUACGGAAUUGAUGUACUAAUUAAUUUAGAUACUAAUGAAGUCACAUAUCCGAAAAACUUGUAUGCAACAGAAGAUUUACAAUUGAGUGCACUAGAUAAAAAAUUUAUUCAUCAUUUAGUCAAUUGUGAUCAAACCACUACUAAACACGAUGAUUUUAUUGGUAGUGAUGAUUAUAUACGAUACAAAUUUGAAGAUUAUUUGAAUUCAUUAAUAUCUACCAUGAGAUAUAAUCAAUAUUCAGAAAGAUUCGGACAACCACCACCAGGAUUUAAUGAAGCUAGUCAUAUAACUGAAUUUAAUAUGAAAUUUAUUGAAUCAUGGAAAAAAACCCAAAAUUUCAAAAUAUGGAAUAUGAUGGCCGAUGAAUUUAUUUUCAAUUUUAUUGAACCAAAACAUACUGCCCUUGAUUUAAAAGAUGAACCUUAUUCUAUUAAUAAGAAUAUUUCCAAUUUUUUCAAUAGUUUUAAGGCAAAAACUACAGCCAUCACCAAUACAUCAUCCAUGAAUGAUCAAACUAUAAAAGCUCACAAGUUUAUUGAAGAUGAUGAUCAAGACGAAGACAAAGACGAAGACAAAGACAAAGACAAAGAAGAAGAAGAUGAUGAUGAUGAAUACAAUGAUGAGAAUGAAGAUACUGUUGAUGAACUUGUAGCUGGGUUUGAAAAAGUUGUACCUUUAACCGAAGAUAAAUCUAUGGGGACACCAUCAUCGCCAAUAAUACCAUCAACACCUAAAACACCUAAAUCCAUUACCCCAACAACAUCUAAAUCAACUACUCCUACAACUACUGCUAGUACUGAAACUAUAGGGAAACGAUUAUCUACUUGGACAAUUGGUUGGGGAUUUGGAAAGAAAUAG